CUGCUGCUGAUGGCCAUAUCCCAUAUAUAUAUGAGUAGCUCGUCUAGCUCCAACGCCGAGCAAACACCCCAUGUGGUCUCGCCAUAACCUAACCGGCCGCCUUCGUCGAUCCAGCCACCAGCGCCUCCAUCCCCCGGCCCUCUCCUAUCCGUCAGGUCCGGCCCCAACCUAGCUAGCCAGAAACCUGCUAGAAGCUAACCCCGCCAGCUCCGCAUCACUUCUUGCUGUUGCUGCUAGAAACUAACACCAACGUAGCUGCUCGUGUUCGGUCAGAGUCGUCAGUGCCCAGCUGCAAGGACAACAGGAGCAGGACUAGUUCAGUAGUACCUGCUUCAUCAAUCAUCAUCAUCUCCCCGUGCGCAAUAGAAGUGUACAAGCUCAUGACGCAGAUAAUAGUAGUAGCGGAGAGCUGCAAGCUCCGACGUCCAAUCAAGAGGAGGAAGAAGCGAGAUGUGGGAGUCGGAGAGCGAGAGCCACGCCGGCGAGCGGGGGCUCGUCCCCGUCGGCGGCUCAUCGGGCCAGCACGAGGGGCUCAAGAACGACGGCUUCGUUCGCAGAGACCACUCCUGGUAUGUCAACAGCGAUAUUCCCAGCGAUUUGCUUGUCAAAGUGGGAGAUGUCAGCUUCCAUCUUCACAAGUACCCGAUGAUCUCCCGGAGCGGCCGGAUGAGCCGCAUCAUCUACGAGACGGCGGCGUCCGCGGACCCGGACACGGCGGCCGUAGGCCUCGACGACGUCCCCGGCGGCGCGGACUCGUUCGAGCUGGCGGCGCGCUUCUGCUACGGGAUGGCCGUGGACCUGACGGCGGCCAACAUCUCGGGGCUCCGCUGCGCCGCCGAGUACCUGGAGAUGACGGAGGACCUGGAGGAAGGCAACCUCAUCUUCAAGACGGAGGCGUUCCUCAGCUACGUGGUGCUGUCGUCGUGGCGGGACUCCAUCGUGGUGCUCAAGAGCUGCGAGGGCCUCUCGCCCUGGGCCGAGAACCUGCAGAUCGUGCGCCGCUGCAGCGAGUCCAUCGCCUGGAAGGCCUGCGCCAACCCCAGGGGCGUGCGCUGGGCCUACACCGGCACCGGCGCCACCGGCGGUGGCAGGCCGCCCAGGGCUACUGGCCCCGGCGGCGGCGGCGGCACGGCGAGCCCGCGGUGGAACCUCAGCGGCAGCGGCGGCGGGGACUCCAAGGAGUCGAGCCCCAGCCGGCAGGCCGUGCCGCCGGCGGACUGGUGGUUCGAGGACGUGUCCGUGCUCCGGAUCGACCACUUCGUGCGCGUCGUCACCGCCAUCAAGGUCAAAGGCAUGCGGUUCGAUCUCAUCGGCGCGGCGAUCACCCACUACGCGUCCAAAUGGCUGCCGGGCCUCACCAAGGACGGCCCGCACGGCGGCGCCCUCGACGAGCCCUGGGCGCAGGCGUCCCCCGGCGGCGGCCUCCACAUGAUCAUCGCCGGCGGCGGCGGCAAGGACCACAUCGCCGCGAGCGCGCCGGCGCGGGAGCAGCGCAUGGUGGUGGAGAGCCUGAUCAGCAUCAUCCCGCCGCAGCGCGACAGCGUCUCCUGCGGCUUCCUCCUCCGCCUGCUCCGCCUCGCCAUCAUGCUCAAAGCGGCGCCCGCGCUGGUCACGGAGCUGGAGAAGCGCGUGGGCAUGCAGCUCGAGCAGGCCGUGCUGGCCGAUCUCCUCAUCCCGUCCUACGGCCGCGCCGACACCGCCUACGACGUCGACCUCGUGCAGCGCCUCGUCGAGCACUUCCUGGUGCAGGAGCAGACGGAGCUGGCGUCGUCCAGCCCCGGGCGCGGGGAGCCGGCGGCGGCGCCCGAGUACUACGGCGCGAGGACGACCGCGGCGUCCGCGGCGGGGCUGAACGCCAAGGAGCGCGUCGCCAGGCUGCUGGACAGCUACCUCUCUGAGGUCUCCCGCGACCGCAACCUGUCCCUGACCAAGUUCCAGGUGCUGGCCGAGUCGCUCCCGGAGUCGGCGCGCACCUGCGACGACGGGCUCUACCGCGCCGUCGACUCCUACCUCAAGGCGCACCCGACGCUGACGGAGCACGAGCGGAAGCGGCUGUGCCGGGUGAUGGACUGCCAGAAGCUGUCGUUCGACGCGUGCAUGCACGCGGCGCAGAACGAGCGGCUGCCGCUGCGGGUGGUGGUGCAGGUGCUCUUCUCGGAGCAGGUGAAGAUCAGCAACGCGCUCGCUGGCUCCUCCGGCGCCGGCGCCGCGCUGGGCAAGGCGCCGGACGCGGCGCCGCCGACGACGCGGCGGCAGCUGCUGGACGGGACGCCGCAGUCGUUCCAGGACGGGUGGGCGGCGGCGAAGAAGGACAUCAACACGCUCAAGUUCGAGCUGGAGAGCAUGAAGGCCAAGUACCUGGAGCUGCAGCACGAGAUGGACGCGCUCCAGAAGCAGGUGGAGCGCGGCGCGCCGUCGCCCGCCGCGGGGUCCAAGGUCGCCGGUGUCGGCGCAGGCGCCGGCAAGAACCAGGGACCCUCGGCGUGGAGCAGCGGGUGGAGGAAGCUGGGCCGGCUGGCCAAGAUGACCGGCGCCGAUGCGGCGGGGCCCGACGGGCACGUGCCGGGGGCGCCCGGCGAGGCGCCGAGGAAGCCGCGGCGGUGGAGGAACUCCAUCUCGUGAGCACACAGCAGCUUCGUAGCGAGCAGAGUAGACGGCGGCCUAGUAACUUGUAGCGGCACCGAUUCCACGCGUCCAUGUAAUAAGCGAAUAAAUCAGGAAGAGCAGGUUGCAACCGAACCGGAUUUUUCUUCCAUGGAGUCUCGAGAUUGUGCCCA